GUUCGGUGGUUUAGAUUUAUUCGGAGCAAGAGUAUCGAGUGAAAAGAGAAGAUCUUGGUGAAUCGAACGCAAACUGAGUCAAGACUUUGUCGAAAAAGUUAGUUAAAAUUUUGUCCGGAUACAAGUCAAAUAUUAAUCGCGAGCCUGACGUGAAUUUUCCAUAAAUGGAUAUGAAAAAUAAAAUUGCUCUGAUCACCGGGGGAGCCAAUGGAAUAGGCUUUUCAUACGCUAAAGAAUUCUUGAGAAAUGGAGCUUCGCACGUGGCGGUUCUCGAUUUGGCUGAUUCGAAAGGUGAAGAAGCGGUGAAAAAACUGAACGAGGAAUUUGGAAGCGGUCGAGCGAUCUUCGUCGUUUGCGACGUGACAAAGUCCGAGGAACUGGAAGCUGCGUUCGCAAGGAUUGUCAAGGAAUUUGGUCGACUCGACAUCGUCAUCAACAACGCUGGAAUAAUGGAUGACUCGCGUUGGGAGUUAGAGGUCAACAUCAAUUACAUCGGCCUGGUGCGUGGAACGCUGCUUGGCUUCCAGUACAUGGGAAAGGACAAGGGUGGUAAGGGUGGCACCAUAGUCAACAUCGCUUCAAUAGCUGGUCUUAUCCAUGCUCCAAUGUUCCCGAUCUACGUGGGUACCAAAUGCGCGGUCAUCGGCUUGACUCGGUCAUUUGGGCAUUCGUAUCAUUACGACAAGACUGGCGUUCGACUCUUGGCGAUGUGCCCAAGCGCCACGGACACACAGCUUGUAACCGGUGCCCCGAAGCGAACCUUGGACGUCGUCACCCCGGAUGCGGUGACGGAAAUAUUGAACACUUAUCCAUCGCAAACGGCGGACAGCGUGGCGCAAGGCAUGGUACAAAUUAUACGUGACGGAAAGAGCGGCAGCGUUUGGCUCGUCGAAAACGGGGAACCGGCGUUCGAGGUUGACAUUCCCGACGAAGUGAUUAGAAAAGUUUUGUAAAAAGGGGAACGGAACGAUAAUUGUGACCAUUUGAAUUUUAAGCAACAAUUAUAAGCUGAAUUGUAUUCCACUUGGAUUGAAUAAAUAAAACGAUCGUAUACACUGA